AAGGGUGGCGUUGUCGGCCAUCGCUCCCUUACGUGGCACCGACACGUUAACGAGUGCAAGCCCCUCGGACUAUACCAUUAUAUCUCCAUUUAUAUUAUUAACAUAAUUUAAUUUAAUUUUGAAAUACAAAGACUGGUUCACCGUCAUUUAUAUAUGGGAGCAUAACGGAAACCGAGAAAUCCAACCUCCCCUGCACUGCAACCGCAACCGCAGUAAUCUUUGCCACAAUCAAUCCAUCUCACUCAAACAUUUCCAGAUUGUAUUUCAAGUUUUUAGCGCCGCCGCGUUACUUGUUCAUUCGGCGUCGUCGGGCCCCGCGCCGGGGAAGAAAGUAGAGUUCGCCGUCCUUCAAUACGCCGCAUCUGCAGUUGACUCUUUGCGUGGAUUGAUCGUGAACCGGAGUCAACGCUGGGCCCCACAUGAACGCUGAUGGGAUUAGUGUGUGAGGAUUUUGUAUUUGGCUUUGUGAAUAAUAAUUGAGAGGAAUUUUGUGCGUCUGUGUGAGAGAUUAUGGGUAGUGUUCUCGACUCGACGCUAUUGCAUCAUGUGUGCAUUGUGCUGAUUGUGCUCUGGUUUCUGAAUUCUUUCAACUGGUGCCAUCCAGUUGCGUAUUUUCUCUCUCUAAUAUAUCUCUAUCUGGUUCAUGAAUUAUAUGUGCUGAAAUUGAGAAAGAAACUGCAGUUUGAGGAGAAAAGAGAGUCCGAUCAGAGACGGGUGCUUACAGAUUCCGAGUCUCUUAGAUGGUUGAAUCAUGCUAUUGAGAAAAUAUGGCCCAUCUGCAUGGAAGAGAUUGUUUCUCAGAAAAUUCUGCUCCCUAUUUUCCCAUGGUUCUUGAAAAAGUACAAGCCUUGGACGGUGAAAGAUGUUGAGCUUCAGCAUCUUUACUUGGGAAGAUCCCCGCCAAUGUUUACUGAAAUGAGAGUUCUUCGUCACUCCAAUGGUGAUGACCACUUGGUUCUAGAACUGGGUAUGAAUUUCCGUACUGCAGAUGAUAUGAGCGCUAUACUUGGUGUGAAACUGAGGAAGAGAUUGGGUUUUGGGAUGUAUACUAAACUGCAUAUGUUGGGAAUGCAUGUUGAAGGAAAGGUAUUGGUUGGGGUUAAGUUCCUGCGUGGAUGGCCUUUUAUUAGUCGCUUGCGUGUGUGCUUUUCUGCACCACCAUAUUUUCAGAUGACUGUGAAGCCUAUAUUCACUCAUGGUCUUGAUGUUACAGAACUUCCUGGGAUAGCUGGCUGGAUAGAUAAUCUUCUGGCCCUCGUCUUUGAACAAACUCUAGUGGAGCCUAAUAUGCUGGUGGUUGACGUUGAAAAAUUUGUGUCACCUCAACCAGAAAAUUGGUUCUCCGUUGAUGCAAAGGAAGCUAUAGCGCUUGCUACUGUGGAAAUUCUUGAAGCCACUGAAAUGAACCCAUCGGACUUAAAUGGAUUGGCGGAUCCAUAUGUUAAAGGACAGUUGGGGCCUUUUAAAUUUCGGACUAGGACUCGGAAGAAAACCUUGUCGCCAAAAUGGCACGAGGAAUUCAAGAUUCCUAUCUUCACAUGGGAAUCAGAUAACAUGCUUGUUAUUGAAGUCUGUGAUAAGGACCAUAUGUUUGAUGACAUGAUGGGAGAUUGUUGUGUAAACAUCAAUGAACAUCGGGAUGGCCAGAGGUAUGACUUGUGGUUACCUCUCAAGAAUAUAAAGACAGGAAGAUUGCAUCUUGCUAUAUCUGUGUCCAAUUUAACUGGAAAGCAGGCUACAGAGUCUUCACUUGAUGAAGAAUAUGUCGGUGGUGACAAAAGGAAAGAAGAUAUCAGUGGCGACAAAAGGAGAGCGUCCUUCACAGAUGAAUCUUCUCACAGAGGAUCAUUCUCAUCUACAAUAUCAGAUAAAUCCCCAAAAGUCGCAGAUAAGUUCGACCCAAUUGAUGUGGAAGGGCAGUCAGAGACUGGGAUUUGGAUUCACCAUCCAGGCGGAGAGGUUACACAAGUGUGGGAGCCUAGGAAGGGGAAGAAUAGCAAACAUUUGGAUAGUCGUCAAAUUAGCGGACAAGUUCGAGGUGAGGGUGGUGGUGAUUCAGUAGGUGGACGGACUUCUGGUCAGAAUGACAGCAGCAGCACUGAUGAGAGUUCGGAUUCUAGCAAGUCGCGUUCAGCUAAUCCGGUUAAGAGGGGUUUAAGAAAGAUCGGUUCAGUGUUCAGAAGGACCCCGAGAGAAGCUGACAAGGUCAGCUCACCUAGAGAAUCCGAACCAUCCCCUCAAGAUAAUUUCAAUAUCAGGGCAUCUAACCGCAAUAAUGGGGGUGUCAAGUUGAUAAUAGACGACUCUGUCGUAUCCUCAUCCUCCAAGACUCCGAAAGGUGAUGAGAAAGAGCUGCAGCCUCCGUCUUCCAAGACUCCGAAAGGUGAUGAGAAAGAAGAAGUUUUUCCGGAGAGCCCUAGCCAAAGGAACGGCAAGGAUAUGGCUAAGAGCAUUCUGAAACAUGCUGGAAGAUCUGCUCGAGAGUUGAAGCUCUCAUUCUCUCGGAAAAUAAGAAAUAAGCCAAAGGGUGAAUUGCCAGCAGAGUCGGAUUCCACGGAUGACGAGUCUCUUUCAUCAUCCAUAGAUUCUGGUUUUGUCGUUCCAAGUUCAGCCGUGUCCCCUCCAGCACUGGUUUCAGAUGAUCAGUUGUUGAAGUUGAAGGAUGACAUUCAGACAGAAAACCACUCCGGUGGCAAUUCUUCCGAGACCGGUGAUAUUGCAGUUCCGGCAGGCGACAAGGUUUUGUAACACACCGUCCAGGUGUCUGAGUGCAAGAAACAUACGACCUAUGUCUUCCUCACCGCGACACGCUUGAAAGUGCAGACACAGGACUGUUGUAUUUAUUCUACUGUACAAUGGGUUUUUGAUAAAAACCCAAAUAUAGAAUUUAAGGGGGUGGUUUUGGGUGUUUCAUCAGUUGUACACAACAACUUUGCACCUUCUCUUGAAGCUUGUUUGUACCAUAAAAUGUAUUUGUGUAGAAGAGUUGUGUGAAGUUUUGUAUUUGCAACUCUUAUCAUGACUCAUAUUUGCAAUAUAGGCUUUAUGUUACACCUUUGUUUCUGGAUUA